UGUGGGCACUCUUCAGCACUGUAUAAAAGUUCUACACCCUUCAGCACAAACCUUCCCGCCAGGCAUGGAAUUUCACGCUGCAGCCCUCAAGAAGCUGGAGUCUGCAAGCAAUCCAGUGCGUUCAUUGUAAAGUCAUUCAGUUCGUGGAGAGGCGGUGGGUGGAGUGCUUGUUGACGAGGACCCUAAUGAGCCCACCAUGGGUGAGAAGCUCGCGAGUUUGAAUACGAUAGAGAAUGAUCAAUCCAAGUGUGAUGGUUCAGAGACCGAUGAUCACGGGAGCGGAGAGAAACGGUCUGAGCCCUCUUCUUCUCUGCUCGCACAGCCUCCAAGUGCAGACUCGGUUCAAGUGCUGCUUAAGCAGGCAUUACGCGCCGACGACCGUGAGCUUUUGUUGGGUUGCUUGUACAACCGAGACGAGAAGGUUAUUGCGAAGUCAGUUUCGUUGCUGAAUCCGGCGGAUGUUCUCAAGCUUUUGCAGUCUCUUGUAUCGAUUAUUCAGUCAAGGGGUGCAAUUUUGGCAUGUGCACUUCCAUGGCUAAAAGGUGUGCUACUUCAACAUUCAAGUAGUAUAAUGUCCCAGGAAUCUUCUUUACUCGCACUGAAUUUUCUGUUUCAGCUCAUUGAGUCGAGGUUCUCAACUUUCGAAUCAGCUAUUCAACUACACAGUUGCUUGGACAUCCUUUAUACGGGGGUUAUGGAUGAGGAAGUACAGGAGAAUGGCACAACAGUGCCGGUAGUUUAUGAGGAUGAGGAUGAAAGUGAUGAAGAGGAAUCUGAGGAAGCCAUGGAAACCGAUCGAGACAGCAAAGAUGAGGAAGCAUCAGAUGAAGCAUUUGAUAGUGUUAGUGACAUUGAAGUAAUUGAUGGCAUGACUGAUUGAUGCAGAUUUAAGGCUAAUUUGUUGUAUUUACGAAGUUGGGUCCAUUGUGCAUUCGGAUUGCAAUAUUGUUUUAGAAAUGGAAGUGAUAUAAUUUAUUAACUUCAGUACACGGGGGGCAUUGUGUGAUCCUCUCACGUGUUUAUUAGAUCAAACAAUCGAAAACUGCGUACUGUCUUCACGGUCUCCACUCUUGAAGUUUCAUGACUAUAAUUUCUAGUGAAUGUUAUCAGUUUGACGAGCAAA